AUGCAUGCUUUCAUUAUUGAAGCCAAUAACUCACAUAUUGCACGAAUCGUUGAAUACUGGAAAUGUACCGAUCGCAUGGAAACAAUCUUAUCAAGCCAUCUGAAUUAUCACAUAAAGAACAUCAUUGAUGAUAGCCAGCAUGGUUUCAUAAAGGGACGGUCAACAAUUACGAACUUGGUUGAAUUCACCUCACCCACACUGAUCAACAUGGAACAUGGGAUUCAAUCUGAAGCAAUCUAUCUUGAUCUUGCAAAGGCUUUUGACUCAGUUGACAUAAACCUGCUCAUACAUAAGCUGAAAAAAGUAACAUCGGGAACUGGUCAAGGAUAUCCGAUCGGCGCGACAUUGUUCAUCUUGUUCAUCAUUGAUUUACCACACUACUUGGUCAAUUCGAAUCUACAAUCAUUUGCCGAUGACACACGCUUCUCGAUGCAAAUAAAUCGAAUUGAGGAUUGUAUAGCACUGCAAGAAGAUCUAAACAGAAUUGUUGAGUACUUCAAACGAAACC